AUCGAAGAAACCAGAAGGCAGAAACGUCAAGGACCGGAAGAAACAAGAGAGCCGAGACUGGCUGCCUCCACCGCCGGACGCCUAGUCGCCGACCUGCACGCCUCCAGUCCCUCCACCCUCCAGGAGGAGGAGGUAAGAGUGGCAGCAUUAUGAUUGGGAGAUACGAAUAUGUACACGAUGUUGGCAAAUGGCCCAUUGAAGCCAUAGACGCCUACCAUGUCAUGCUCUCAGGAAACACAUUACUUAAGGCUUCAAUUUUAUUCUCCUUUCUUAUUUUUCUUCUUCCAUCGGUGGUCUACAUUUGCUCCAGACUUGUACAUGUAAGAUACUCACCAACUCCUAUUAGUUUGGCGUUUUAGCUUAUGAGCAUUGUUAUGGCGGUACACUGGCACCUCGCCUUGGCACCGUGAUAACUAUGCCUACGAUAUUAGUUCUGGCAACUUUUCCAACUUGUAUAAAGGAUUUGGAUGGUGGGACGUCUCCAAGUACCCAAAUGGGGAUGUUGUAGUCCCAAGUCCCAAUUUGAGUGGGAUCAAAAUGAGCCACAUAUACUUAAAGUGAGAGUUUUUAAAAAGUGGGACUUCCAUCUUCAAUGGAGAGUCCCAUUUUGAAGUUCCACUUGCAUAUUCUUUGGAGAGUCCCAUUUAUUUAUAUGGGACCGGUUCUUUGCUUCCAUCCUAAGUUGGACACUUGGACAUGCUCUUAGGACCCAUUUGUAGAGAGUUAUUUAGAUAAUAUGGAUAAAUCUGUUUACCAGCUUAAGGAGUUAUUUAUAAAUAACUCAUCCUAAGGAAAUACUCGAUAAUAUGGAUCUCAAGUUGCAAACUUAUACCGGUAUUUUGAAGGAAUAAGGAAAUAGUGUUUCUUGAGCAAAUUUUACCCCUUUUUUCUCCACUUUGGUAUUGUAAUCACAAGCAUUUUGAAUGUAGUGAUACAUGUGUCUGUUUCUUGUGUGUGUGACAGCAGGUCAGGUCAAUCUCUGCUCUUUUUUACAGCUUGCUCAUAGGGGCAUUACUAAUUGGGAUGUACCUGAAGCUAGUUGUGAGAGAGUCAGUAAUAAUUUUGCCUGCUUUUGGAGUUCAGAUUGAGACUCGAUACCGAAGUUGGUCUGGAAAUGGCUGAUGCAGUACUUCAAAUCUUCAAUAACAGCGGGAGAAUAAAUCGACAGUUUGUGCCAUUUAGCAAGAUUUUGAAGCCUGUCCUGAAUGAAUGUGUGACUCCCAUUACUUGUUACUGGACGCUGUCUCUCAUCAUUCAUGGAGAAGACCAACUUUGUUUAGUUUUCAAGGAGUUGCGCCCUCCGGUGAAAAUGUUGGUUCCUAUUUGGAAGGCGUUAUGUGCUUCCAUUGAAUGGGGAGACUGCAAGGACGAGGCAGUACACUAAUUUCACUUUCUUCUCUCCAUGAUCCCCAUGCUGAGUUGUUCUCUACAACUACUAACUACUAGCAGAUUCUUUGAUUCAAGAAAAGAAAGGAUGAACCACCUCCCCAGGCCUCUCUCCCGGACCGGCCGGAUAGUUACUUGGAAAGGAGGUAAAUUGUGAAGAUCUUUACUUAAUGUACAAUUGAUUCAAGAAAAAGUCUCUAUGGAGGGAGAGCUUACUCUUUUGAUGCAAUUAUGAAGAGAUUUUUCAUGUGUAAUUGAGGUUAGAAAUUUAAGGUAAUUGCAUCACAUUAUAUAUAUAGUGGGAACAAGUUUUAGGAUGGCAACUCAUUUUUAACACUUUGGCCUCAUUAAACCAAAUGGAAUCCU